AUGUAUAGCAAUAAAAGAAAACAUAGAAAAAACAAGGAGUUUAACAAUAGCUGGCCUCUAACACUUGACCAUACUUUAAUGGAGUCAUUAACGAAGAAUGUUUCCGCCAGAGAAACCGAAUUUCUAGAGGAAGUGAAACUCUAUAAAUCAAGAUUGAUAGACCAUAACAACUCCUCCUUAAGCUUAAACUCUAUGAUUCUUCACUGUAAUGACAAAUUUCCGGCUGAAUCAUUUAUUUCAAGAUUAUAUACGAAUCCACACUCUAUUCUAUUUCUGUUCAAUAUUAUUCCUCCUUUGCUCUCAUGUUCUAGUACUGGAACCCCAUUUUUAAGCAAGGAAAGGUCAGAAAUUCUAGCUUUUGUAAUUCAUCUCCUCUUCAAGUCAUUAAUUAAACAUUCUCAAAUUAUCCUCUCUGUUGAUAAGAGAUUGGAUAGUUCUCUAGUCAAUCUAAGCAUGAGUUUGACCCAUCAUAUUCAAACUGUCUUCUCUGGAAAUCAAGAUCUAGCGAUUAUGAUGAGUUCAUGUACAAGCCUAUUAAUCAUUCUUUCUAAUAAUUCGGUUAACUAUAUUCGUAAUAUUGUCUGCAAUAUUGAAGUUAUUUCUGGUGACUUAUCUUUCGAGUAUGACUGUCUCCGCAAAAUGGCUUCUAGAGAAUCUAUCAAUAAUAAGCAGCAGCCAGCUGUUUUUGAAAAUAAGCUCUUUCAUAGAUUUCCUUUUCAAAAUAACCUCAAAAUUGGAAACUUCAUAUCAUAUUUAAGGUAUUUUGAAGGUGUUGCCAAUCUCUAUCUUUUAAAUGUUGAGAGACCCAAUUUUCUGACUCCUAAUAAAAAAGCAACCAUUGAGAAAGUUAUUCUCUCCAUGUCAAAUGUUGUUCUUGAACAAAUGGAAAAACUUAUAAACCUCUAUUUUUGCCAAUAUAAACCCGAACACAUUUUUGGAGAUUAUUCACUCUUUUACGAUGGUGAAGGGAUUAGAUUAAAGUUUGUUGACUUCAUUGCACCAAUUAUCAUUCAAACUUCACUUAAGUGGGUUUCUGCCUCUCAGGAAAUCAGUCUCAGAAGAUUUAGUGAGUUCCAUAAUAGUUCCUAUUUUGAUAUUUCGAAAUUUCCUAGUAUACUUGAAAUGGCUCUUUUACCUAUCAGAAGAGACCAAAUAAGUGAUGAGGUUUCAGAAAUUAUUCUAACCUUUUUAGAAGGCUAUUCAGCUCAUCUCAGUCUUUCGAACAAAUAUUCUAUACCAAUUUCUGUUUUGUCUAAGAAUAUUUUGGUCUCAUCUAUGCUAUUAUCAAGCUCAAUGACUAAAGAUUCUACGUUUUUCACACUAAGAGAAGAACUAUUCCUACUUAAUACAAACCUAAAUUGGAUUAAAGUUCUAAUCAAGUACUUUAAAAUCUUUUCUCAUUCAGUAGUACCUUUACUAUUAAUAUUUGAUUUAAUGGAUCUUCCUUUAAAUUCUGAAAUUGACAAACUAGAAUUCGAGGACCCUUCUAUUCAUGAGUUAUAUCAAGAAUGGAUAAAUAUUUGCUCUAUGACUUUUAUGAAAAUUGUUUUUGAAACAAUUUCUAAAGCUUCUAAAAUCUCUAAGGUAAAUAGAACCACAUUUUCUGCACCAAUAAUGAUAACUUGUGGUUAUUCUCAACCACAAAAUUUGAAAUCUAUUAGUCGAGAUAAGAUGUACAUUGGUAGUGAUUUUGAUAUAGAUAUGGGUAUGAGACUCAAGUUGGAUUUGAACUUAGGCUUGGAUUCAGAAAUUCAUAGGAGAGUUGUAGAUAAUUUUGGUAGAACUUUGGGAGUUGAUUAUAGAGGUAAUUCGGCCUUGGAUUCUGGGUUACUAUUUAUGCCCGAAUCUCUUAAUAGUAAUGAACCAGAAUUGGGGUUUAGUAAGUUUUCCAGAAAUAAUGUUCACAAUAGAAUUUCAAUAAUUCCUGAUUCAAUGCAAUUAACUGAAUUUGACUUUAGCCGUCAUCAUAAUCUCAACCAACAACAACACCAGCAUCAACAACAGCAUCUCAUGGACGUACCAGAUUUUAAUAUUACGUUAGGUGAUGAAAAUAGCCAUAUUUUUCAAAAAUAUCGCCGAGAAAUACAUUACUUGAUGUGCUGUCUUUCUUUCAUAACUUUAAGGGGAUCAUCAGAAUACAUAUUACUCUCAAUUUCUGCCUGGGGAAGUAUUUGUAACUCACUAAGAAUUUCCUCUUCUUGUAUUUCUUAUUUAGAAUUUCUUCUGAAAAGUAUAAAUCAGCCUAAGUUUAAGCCUUUGGAAAACUGUUUCAAUAAAAUUAGAAGCCAAAGAGAGAAUAUCUCUAAUAAACCCGUAGAUAUUAGUGAAAUUGGACUUGUUGGAAUUCAAAGAUACUUUGUUUGGUCAAUAGUUGAAUUAGGAGAGUUUCCUGCUGAACUUUACAAUUUUGAAGAUCAUAUUGAAUCAUUUUUUCCAAAAUUUUCACAAAAAAAAUCUAAUCAUUUAAAGAUCAGGGAAUCAAUUAGGGAUGCUGUUAGAAAUGCAAUAUUCUUUCCAGAAUCUCCCAAUAAUACAAGAAUUACCCUUAAUAGAAAUGAUCAACAUAAUCAUCUUUUGGUAAAUGAAAGGGGUGUUAUUAGGUAUUUAUUACCUUUCUAUUCUUUCCAAAUGUUUCUGAAAGAUAUCUUUCUUCAUCUAAAUGGCUUCAAUUUGGUUAAUUAUAUUGGAUCUGGACAAAUUAAAAUGAAAAGAUCCAACCAAAAUACUAGUAAUGUCCAAGUUAAAAGCUUCAUUAUACGUCUUGAGUCUAUAUUACAUGCAUUUAGUGCAAUCAUAAAGAAAGGAUUAACAUCUUUCCCUCUAAAACCUUCAAGAUUGAUAGAAUUUAUGGAUAAUCAUGUUAAUAGUAAUAAAAGAGUGUAUAAUGAUGAUGAGGAAAUAAGGAAUUUACUGGAAUUAGUGAGUGUUUCAUUAAAGCUGGAUGAUGAAGAUGCAAUUAAUAAAGAGCUUAAUAAUCGUGGACUAGUUCUUGGAGAUGAAAACGACUAUUUUGAACAAACAAGACUUCUUUUUGAUGCUGUUAUGCUUAAAAUCUUCCAAGUUACAAGUGAAUUUGAAGGAUUAAUGGAUAUUUAUUUGCAAAAUGGUCAAAAUAGAUUGGUUGAACAGAGAAUUAUUAUUGAUGAUGGAGUUAGAAUUUAUGAAAGAUUAUUUAGACAAUUAUUAUGUACCUUAAUUACUUUGAUUGGAGUAAGCUCAGUAUGGUUUAAUGACAAAUCUGUCUUAGUCACUCUAAAAGGUCUCAAGUACAUAUUUAGAUCACUUUUAUUGAUUCAAGAAGACCAUUUUUUCCCAUUGGCUCUAGAACAAGAUCAUGUGGGAGCAUUAGCAUUAUUAAAGCUUUCUCAAAACAAGACAUGUUUUGAAAAUCAGAUCUUGGAUUAUAUGGUGAUUAAAUGCAUGGAUUCAUUUUCAAGAUUAUUUUCAGAUUCAAAACAAAAAGUUGAGAUUCCAUCUAUGACUUUUGAGAGCUAUUUAAUAUUAUUAACUUCAUUGGGUAUUUGUAUUUCCCAUUUAAUUUCAGAUAUUGAUGAUGAGAAUAUUCCACAUUCAUCUACAAAUUCACCAAAAUCUGUAUCAGCAACAACUUGUUCAUCAAUUUCAGCUCUAACAACAAAUAAUAAUAAAGAAUGUAUUCAAUUAUAUAAGAAACUUCAAAAAUGGAAGAAAUAUACAGGGUUAGUUUUGGAGAAAUAUUUAUCUCUUUUAGAUAGAUUAAUUGAGAUUUUUAAUAUUCAAAUAAUGGAUCAAGAGACAUUAAAGAAUGGUAGUGGUCUUUAUGAGGUACCGUUAUCAGAUGAUGAGGUUUGUCAGAUUUAUAAUUUAUUAUUAGUUACUUACAUGAUGUUUUGUGGAUUAGAAGCAUUCUUUUCUUCGAUAUUUCCAUGUAAGUAUAGGCCAUAUAGUUAUGUAAUACUUACAAUAGGAGCAGAGAAAUUUUCUCAUUUGAAUAUUUUGGAUUAUAGCAAAAGACUAUUCGAGUCAGAGAGCAAUCUCAAGUCUUCAAUUGCUGCCAAUAUUUUUAAGGAUGCUUCUAAUUAUAUUUUGGGAUUCUUUUCAAGGGAUUUUUAUUCAAGAAUAAGACUGAUUUUACGUUUGUCCUGUGCUAUUUCACCGAGUUGGUUACAGGUACUUUAUCAUCCAUAUACAUGUAUAAUAUCUUGUAUGCUUCAAUUACCAUUUUUAAGUAUGAAUAGUGUAAAUGGUGAGGGAGGAGGGUCAGAUCUUCUUCUUGGGUUAUAUAGAUACAUCGGAUAUGAUGAAUUUCAGUUUUUGUCAAGGGAUACUCUUUUCGGAGGUCUCCGUAGUGUUGGAGUGGGCCAUGUUACUAAUAAUAUAAGUAAUAGUAAUAUUAAUAGUAAUAAUAAUAAUAAUAAUAUUAAUAAUGGUAAUGUUAGUGUUAUUAAUGGUAAUAAUAAUAUUAAUAGUAAUAAUAAUUUGAAUGUGAAUAUUGGUGUUAGUAAUAUUAAUAUUAAUAUUAAUAAUAGUGGUAUUGGUGGUAGUACUAGUAGUAAUAACAACAACAAUAAUCAUAGCAUGAAUAAUAGUAGUGGAAUUGGGAUGGGAGGAAUAUCAGGAGUUAUGAAUACUACUAGUACUAAUGGCGGUAUGGUUCCAAAUAUACAAGGAAAUGGAGAUUUGGGAAAUAAAUGCAAUUGUUUGUAUGGUGAAAACGAGGGAUUUGGGUCAGGUGGGAUAAUAAAGAAAGGCUUACAUCCUAUAAUAACUUUAAUUUACAAAUUGUUAUUAUUUAAUAGGGGUUUAAAUGUGGAGAUAAAUUCUAUUACUAAGCUACUUCAAUCAAAUUAUCGGGGAAUGGGAGGUUUUAGUGCUGGUGGUAAUAGAGGAACUGUGAAUAAAGUUAGCGGGUGUUGGUCAACCUUGGGUUUUGCUAGUACUAAUGAAAACAACCAGAGAGGUUUUAAGGAAAUUUUUAAUAUGCUAAGGGGUGAUUUGGUGUCUUAUAGGGAUGAUGGGGUCAAUUGUAAUGAUGGCGACAAUCAGAAUAAUAAUAAUGCUUUUUCAAAAGUGUGUAUUUGCAGUUAUGUUCCAAAUGUUUUUCUUCCAUUAUCAGUAAUGAUGUUAAGGAUCCCAUAUUUUACAUUGAAAAGAAAACAAAGAUUUCUGGAUCCGAUAUUGUCAUUUAUACAUUCUUUUAAAACAUUUAAUGUGCAUCCAAUAAUCCAGUUUUUGAGUUACUAUUCUUUUAGUGUUUCAACUCUGACAAGUAUAAGUAGAGACGAUUAUAAAUUACAAGAUUCUAGCAGUUAUUUCAGAUACUUCAAAAAAGAUUCAGGCUUACAAGACGUUAAUAAACUAAACACUUUUUGUAUAUAUGUGAAUCAGAUGAGUAAUAUGGACGGGAAUCUCCGAGUAAAUAGUAGCAAAAUUGAUGAUCAUUGUUCAUGCUUGGAAUACCAUGAUGCUGUUUGUUUAGCUCUAUUAUUAUUAUUGCAGAAUUUGACAAAUUUAUCAUUAACUUCUGAGAGUUAUUAUCCUGCUCAAGGAAUUGGGGUAGGGGUAGGUAACGGAUGUAAUGGAGCUUAUGCUACAAAUCCGAGUUUCAUUAAGAUCGUUGGUACUCCUAUACGAGCGAAUUUGGAAGUAUUUAUAGAGUAUGUUGUUACAAGAUGUAUAGUAACUUUGUUAAUUUGUAUUGGAGCUCAAAACUUUAAUACAAAGAGGAGGAUAGAUAAGGAAAGGAUUAUGAAUUACUAUAACAAUGAUAAUAGUAGUAAUAACAAUAAAAUGAAUAAUAAUAAUAAUAAUAAUAAUAAUAUUAACAAUAAUAAUAAUAAUAAUAUUAAUAUUAAUAUUAAUAAUAAUAACAAUAGUAAUAAUAAUAAUAAUAAUAAUAAUAAUAAUAAUAAUAAUAAUAAUAAUAUUAAUAAUCAUCAUAUCAAUAAUAAUCAUAAUAGUAAUAGUAGUGAAAAUAAUAACAGAAGGAUUAGUGGACAAGGAGGAUCAAUAAUAGAUAGAGGAAUGGUGAUUCCUAUGACAGUGCCGGGUACUACACAAGGUGUUGGGGUUGAUGGGGUAGUGGAAGGGGUAGAUGGAAUAAGAGCAUGUUUGGGAGGAGGUUGUGCUGGUGGAUUGUGUGGGGAUGACAAUAACAUGCUUUUUUCAGUGGAUAAUAAUUGCAGUAAUGAUGCUGAACCAGAACAAGCUAAGGACGAAUUAAAAAAUGAGAAUGAGCGUUUCAUACCUCAAAAGCUUCUUUCAAAUCAACGUUGGGUUGUAAUUACUAUAAAAUAUUUGCUUGGAACAGAAUUCACAAAUAAAAUUAACAAACUACAUAUUGAGAGAUUAUUUACAAACUCAGUAUGGGGAGUGGAGUUAACAGUUACCAUUUUACUGGCAAUUUUGGAGUCAUAUUGUGAUUCUGAGUCUUUUUCAAUACUUUCUGAUAUUUUAAUUUUAAUUAGACAAUUACUGGACAAGAAGCGUUUUAGAAGUCUCUUAGAGGCAUCAUUUUGCAGAUUACCGAUAAGGAUGUUAAUUCAAUCGGUAAAUAUUUCGGCACAGUACCCUGCAUUGUAUUUUCCACUAACAAAUGGCGCCAAAAUGAAUGAUUAUUUAUUGAGGAGGGAUUUUGAGAAGAAUUUAAUGAGAAAUCAUGGUAAUAAUUAUCAUCAGAAAUCAAAGAGUUCUUUGAUUGCUUGCACAGUUAGACAAUUUGUCUAUAGAUUACUAGAGGAGAAUUUCUUUUUAAAUUCAAAUAUGAUGGAUUUGAAUUUUCCUCAUAAUAGUGGAGGCGGUAUUUUUGACUUUAGUGGUGGGAGUUUUGUUAAACAUUUUGGGAAUGGUGAGGAAUUUGUUCGCAUGCACGAGGAUAUGUUAUUUCGCGGGAAUUUUCAUCAAUCACUUCCAUAUAUAUUAAAAUCCUCAUCAACUUCAGAUGUAAUUAAAGAUUUUAUUCAACAGAUUGUGAACGUUUCAGUUUCCCAAACGAAUAAGACAAAGUUCAGACAGAUUUUGAAGGAGUUUUGUGUAAAAUCAGUAUGCAAGAGAAUGGAUGAAUAA